AUGCCUCCUCCGGCGCCCCGGUCCAGCCGGCUCGGCUUCCUCCGGCUCAUCGCCCAUGGCGCUUCGUUACUUCGCGAUGGGUUCAACAGUGUCUUGACCCUCAACCCUGUCGCCGCUGCCAUUGCCCGCCCGGCCGUUCUCGCGCUGCUGUCGUCGAGCGAGGUCGGCACUCUGGUCCUUGUCGACGAAGUGUACGGCGAGCGUCUGGUAUUGGGUCAGCCUCUAGUCGAGACUCAUACCGACGAAAGCACGGAGACGACGACGACAAAAACUGCCACUCGCCACGGCCAAAGCCCACCCAUCGCGACGCUCACCAUCACCUCACCCUCUUUUUACCCCCGCCUCCUGCUCCUCGCCGACAUGGGGUUUGCCGAGGCCUACUUGCUCUCCGAAGUCCGCUGUGCCGACUUGACAGCCUUCUUCCGGCUCUUCAUUCUCAACCGGGACCGUCUUCACAACGGGAGCACCAUGUGGUCGUCUCUUUUAUCGGGCACCCUCGGUGCCAUCUCUAAACCACUUUUGUGGUUGGGCGUGGGCGGAAGAUCAAACACGGUCGAGACAGCUCUCCUCAACGCCCAGGCGCACUACGAUCUGUCCAACGACCUCUUUGCUGCGUUUCUCUCACCGGAUAUGACCUAUUCCUGUCCGAUCUGGACUACCACUGCGGAUGAGACGAUCCCUGACGUCGAAUCCCUUGAAUCCGCCCAGCUACGCAAGAUCCACACCAUCAUCGCGGCCGCCCGCAUCAAGUCAACCGACCACGUGCUUGAGAUUGGAACGGGUUGGGGCUCGUUUGCGAUCGAGGCUGUCCGGCUAACGGGAUGCCGCGUGACUAGUGUGACGCUGUCGCGCGAGCAGAAAGCGUUGGCAGAGGAGAAAAUCCGGGAAGAGGGUAUGGAAGGGCGGAUCCGCGUCUUGUUGGUGGAUUAUCGUGCUGUUAGGGGGCCGAGGUAUUACUAUGAGGGUGACGAAGGGACGUAUGACAAAAUUGUGUCAAUUGAGAUGCUGGAGGCCGUGGGAAAAGAUUUCUUGGGGGUGUAUUUCGCACAGGUGGACAAGUUGCUCAAGAAGGAUGGGGGCAUUGCGGUGUUUCAGUGUAUUACCCUACCAGAAGGGCGACAGGCGGCGUAUUCGGCCGGUGAGGACUUCAUCAACCGGUACAUCUUCCCCGGCGGCUACCUGCCCUCAACCACACAACUCAUCGACCACAUCACGGCCGCAUCGCACGGCACGCUCAUCGUCGAAAGCGUCAACAACAUCGGUGGCCACUACGCCCGCACGCUGCGUCUAUGGCGCGAGGAGUUCCUAGCUAACUUCAACGCCGUCGUCCGCCCGGCGCUGAAGAGGGAGCAUCCGCUCAUGAGCGACGAGGAGAUUGAAGUGUUUCGGCGGAAGUGGGAGUACUACUUCUCGUACUGCGAGGCCGGCUUUGCGACCAAGACGCUGGGCGAUGUUAUCAUCACGGUCGGUAGGGAGGGGGCCAUGGAGCUGAUGGAAGGUAUUCCUCUUUGA